AUGGGCCGUCUCAUCAAAAACCACUGGGCCCGCCUCAUCGUCCUCACAGCGUCCGUCUGCAGCGCAAUUGAAGCCUUUAUCUGGCCCAAGAUUUUCUGGGACACUUGGACCCGAAACCUCGACGGCGCGGUCACCCCCGUACCUGUCCUGCAAAUAUUGAACCUUUUAAUGGGCCUCCUGGGCGUCGCCUGGGAAUGGCCACUAAAAUACCUCGCGGGGACGACGGCGCAUCGCAGCAUCGAAUUUCGGCUGUUGCUCUACCCGCUCAGCUCGAUUCUUGCGGCGCUUAUAUACCAAGGCACGAACGCAGCGAUCUACUAUCUGAUUGGGAUCGCGGUCUAUUUUUGGGCGUAUAGUGAAGGGGAGAUAUAA